AUUCCGUCGGCAACAUGGCUCAACGGCCUGACACCUGUCCCUCACUCGCCGCAUUACCUCCUUGUUGCGGAUUGCGCUGCUGGCUCUCUACUCCGGCUUGACACACGAACAGGAUGCGUCGAAACCGUCAGCACGGAUCCCCUCUUUGCCCCUAUACCCGAGCCUGACUCAAACCUCCUGCUCGGCAUCAACGGAGUUCACGCUCAGGACGGAUGGCUGUACUUUACCAACACGAACCAGGGCCUGUACGGUCGCCUCGCCAUCACUUCCGAGGGUCUGGCAGUCGGGACACCGGCAGAGGUCGUCGCACAGGGACUCAAAGGGUCAACAUUCGAUGAUUUUACCCUGAGACGAGACGGUGUUGCAUUUCUCGCCACAGGACUAGGGAGCCUCAACGGUAUUGAGAGGAUUACCAAAGAAGGUGAGGGUCACAUGUUGGCUUCCUGGGAAUAUGGCUCCCCGGCCAUCAGCCAACCAGUUUCGGCCGUAUUUGGUCAAACAGUCAAGGACCGGGAUACCUUGUACUUUGCAACCGCGGGG